GUGGGUUGGGAGCCGCGGGUUGAUCGGAGAGGGCAAGUUCUGGACGAGAUGGGUGGGCACUCGGUGACGGUCCCGGUCAUUUGUUUCACCGUUCUGUGGGGGCUGGUCGGCUGCGUCCUGCCCUGGUUCGUGCCCAAGGGUCCGAACAGAGGAGUCAUCAUAACCAUGAUCGUGACCACAGCUGUCUGCUGCUACCUCUUCUGGCUCAUUGCCCUGCUGGCUCAGAUGAACCCUCUCUUUGGACCCCAGCUGAGAAAUGAAACCAUCUGGUACCUCCGCUACUUCUGGGAAUAAGACAGGGCUGCACUGGAGCCAUUGGUGACAAGAUGCCGACUGUCGAAGGUGUACUUUUUGUUUGGAGUUUCCUGUUGUCUCUCCGCUCCCUCAGACCUAGUGCUGCAACAGAUUUCCCUUUCUCCGUCUUGAGAUCCUCCAGUAAACUUCCAUUUUCUUUCUAUUCUAAGUCAGUACCAAGGAAGAAAGAGUUGCAGUCACCCCAAUAAUUCAGGGGUUGAGUGUUUAGAGUAAAGCUCAGAAAUCCGGGAGGAACUCACACUAGUCUUGUUUAAUUGAAAGAACUCAACUCUACCCAGUUAAUUCUUUUUAUAAAGAGAACUAAAGUUUGAUUGUGUCAUGCAUAGUAAAUGUAAUAAAUCAUGUACUUGUGUGAAUUCUGUAAAAGAUUUAUUUAUUUUAAAAUAUUAAGAUGUUAAAAGUAAACAACCUAUUCAGUAUUGUUAACUAUAUUUAGCUGGUGCAAUAAAUGUGUUCCAACUUUAAUUUGUUUUU